AUGGAGAUGGAGAAUCAAGAAAAGGAAUAUCAAGGACUCUUUGAGAUAAUCCUGCAGGACAUUUUCCGUGAAUCGCCAUUUGAUUCCAUUCUUUUUGUGGGAAAUGAGGCUCCUGCAUCAGAAGUUAUCCAGGGAAUUGAAGUGCCAAAAUUAAUUUUUAGCCCAGGACAUCAAAGGACUUUUUUGUACAAGGAUUUUUAUAAUUCAGAAAUUCUGGUGGUUAUCCUGCUUAGAUUUCGAAUCGAUGAAGAAGUGUUGCAAAGAGCUGCCGAGAUUUUGGAUUACAUGCGCCAAUGCCGGAUUUUAUUGCUGGCCGAGGAUAUUGAGGAUAGCCAACGGCUCAGGGACACUUUAAGGACCCUCUGUGAGGAUUACAAAAUGACAAAUGUUUUCCUGGUCAUUUUCUCAGAGGAAACUCCCCACCCCUCCUUUUGGUCUUUGCGCAAUUUCCCCCAUUUUUCUUGGCAAGAAUGGUGCCCCCGAAAGCAUGCUGCAUAUUAUCCCAUACAAUGGUAUGAUUUCCAAAAUAUCAGCCUAAGGACCUAUGUGGACCAGGAUUCGGCGAGGACCUUUGUCUAUGAGGAUGCCAAGGGGAAUAUCAAAAUGAAUGGCUUUGUGGCGAAAUUCAUAAUUCUAUUCGCCAGGACCCACAAUGCCACCUUGGAAAUGCCAUUGCCCCUAGAAGUAGGCAAGGAAACUCAUUUUACCAUCAUCAAUCAAAUGGUGGCGGACAAUAAAUUGGACCUACCCAUGGCCAUGAUACCCGGAAUGUAUGCCUCGGAAUGGCGUGAUGUGUCCGACACCUAUGAUUUGAAUCAAAUUAUCCUCAUGGUUCCGUUGAGUCACAAAUUAUCGAUGCAGGAGAUUUUCGGACUCCUGCUCAAUGGCCACUUCUUUUGUUGUUUCUUUGUCUCCUCUUUGGUGUUAUCCUUUUGCCAUGGCUUCAUAGAUCACUGGCGCCAGGAGUGGCAACAAUUUUGGGAUUGGAUCAUAACGGAGAGGGUGUGGCCAGGGCUACUGGGUCAAUCCUUCCAUGUGCGCCGCCAACCUCUGGCAAGCUUAAAAAUAAUUUAUCUGGUCAUUGGCUUUAGUGGCCUCUACAUAGCCACCCGCUUCUCGGCCAACAUGAAUAUGUACCUCAAUAAGCCACCCUAUCAUCCGCAAAUCCGCAACUAUCACGACCUACGAGAAUCGAAAAUGAAAAUCCUAGUGGAUGUGGCUGAUUCCCGGGACUCCGAGGACCUGCGAGAAUUUAUUGUCUAUACCAGCAAUACCACUUACCUGCAUGAAAAUCGCCGAAAAUUGAAUACCUCCUUCUGCUACUAUGCCACCACGGCCACUUAUCAGGUCCUCCUGCGGCAGCAGAGAUACAGCUCCCAUCACGUCUUUCACACCCCCAAAUCGAUGGCUUACUUCAGCAUGCUGCCAUGGGGGUUCCGCCUGCAACACAACUCUCCCUACAAGGAGGCGCUCAACGAAUUCAUCCACAAUGUCCAUUCGGCGGGAUUGAUUCACGCCUGGCACAACAGCCUGUUUUGGGAUAUGUUGAAGCUGAAAAAGGUCUCGAUACGCUAUAGGCCCGUGGACACGGAUCAGAGAGUGCUGACGGCCUCGGAUCUCUUUUGGGUUUGGAUGAUAAUUCCCACAGGAUUGGGUGGUAGUUGUGUGGUGUUUCUCCUCGAAGUGCUGUGGGGUAGGAAGAAGGUUUUCAAGCGAAAAAUCAGUUUGCCUCAGUGA